UCACGUGACACAGCCCAGCUGCUCGGUUGCUGUGGUGUUUGUCUGCGACUGUCUUGAGGGCGAGAGACCUGUCGGUCGAGGGUGUAGAAAGUUGGAUAGCGAUUUUCUGCGUCAAUGAAAAUACUUUAAACAUAGUCCAAUAAUUCAUCGUGGAUACAAUGGGACAGUGCGGCAUUACCUCCUCAAAGACCGUCCUCGUGUUCCUGAACCUCAUCUUUUGGGCGGCAGCAGGAAUCCUGUGCUAUGUAGGGGCCUAUGUGUUUAUCACAUAUGAUGAUUAUGAUCAUUUCUUUGAAGAUGUCUAUACACUGAUUCCUGCAGUAAUUAUUAUUGGUGUUGGAACUCUCCUCUUCAUCAUUGGAUUGAUUGGCUGUUGUGCAACAAUUCGAGAAAGUCAGUGUGGACUAGCAACUUUUGUGAUUAUCUUACUGCUGGUUUUCAUUACGGAAGUGGUUGUUGUCGUGCUUGGUUAUAUCUACAGAGCAAAGGUAGAGGAUGAGGUUGACCGCUCAAUUCACAGUGUGUAUAACAAGUACAAUGGCUCAAAUUCAGAUGCCGCUAGCCGUGCUAUUGACUACGUACAACGACAGCUUCACUGCUGUGGCAUCCACAACUUCUCAGAUUGGAAAAAUACAAGCUGGUUUAUUGAAGCCAAAAACAACAGUGUCCCGCUAAGUUGUUGUAAAGCAAAUAUCAGCAACUGCACAGGAACUCUAAACCGUCCUGGAGACUUGUACCCAGAGGGGUGUGAAGCUCUUGUUGUGAAGAAGCUUCAAGAAAUUAUGAUGUAUGUUAUUUGGGCAGCUUUAGCAUUCGCCGUCAUUCAGUUGCUGGGUAUGUUAUGUGCCUGCAUUGUAUUGUGCCGGAGAAGCAGAGAUCCUGUGUAUGAACUUCUCAUCGCUGGAGGAACUUACGCAUAAAGGAUAACUUUCUGUGUCUUUAAGUGGAAGGGUUAUAUUACAGGAUGGCCCCCUGUGUUAGAAUAAGCCGAAGCACACCUUGCACUACACAGACCUGCUGAAGUGUAUACUGGUGAUGGGAUAAAUAGCGAACAUAUUUAUUUUUUGUGCUUUAAGUUUGGUGUUCCAAUGAAUUUUACAUUACAGUUAGCCUAAUUGCAAUAUUAAUUAUAGUAUGAUAUGUCAUUAUUGGAGUUUUUUUUUGGGGGGUGGGGGCAACCUGAAUAUUUGCACAUAUAAAUUCUUAAGGGUUUGUAAGACAGAAAUUGAAGCCACUCCUCAAUUACCUUUUUUGUAAAUUGUAUUUAAGAUAUUUUAUAACUGUAAAUACCAAAAAAUGCGAAAUCCUUUGUAUAAGGGUCCCAUUAAAUGUUGCAAUGUACAUAUCACAGUUAGUUUGUCCUGCCCAUCACCAGUUUCCUUUACUUAAUAUACCCACUGUCUGUCUGGUGGAAAUUGUAUCUCAAGUCUUUUUUUUUUUAAAAGAGACAAGGCAAAACACACACUACUCUAAACCAGUACAAUCUGAACCAGAGACUUUAACAACCUAAAUAUUUGAUCUUCCAGUAGCUGAUGAUUCGUACAAUAUGUCAGCUUUAUGGAAGUAAUUGAAAUGCACUACAUGUUCAGUACUAAAAUGUUUAGUUCUUUUAAGUUUAUUUGGUAUUUUUAUUUGUGUGCAGGUUUUUUUUUUUGUUUUUUGUUUGCCAUUCACAUUUGUUUGAAAUGUACCAGUACAAUACUGAUUUUUAAAAUUAAUUGGUAGGAGGCAUGUAGCCAUGUAGAAUAAGAAAAAAGUACAACUAAACUGAAUUAAUGUGUAUAUAGGUUUGGAUGCAAAUCUUUCAGGGGAAAUAAAUGUAUAUGUCAUACA